AUGCCGUCCAAACCGAGACGAACCUGUGCCGACAAGGACGACCUUGUAUGGGAGAAGCUGGAUGACCGCAUCGACGAGUGGUACUCGCCCUCAAGGGUGGCCACGAUACGGCUCGUCAAGGCCCACACGACGAUUCCCGUUCCGCAUGUGUACCACUAUGGCAUGGCCGCCGACAACCCGCUGGGCUUGGGCCCUAUUAUUAUUAUGGACUACAUCGACCACCACCAGAACCUGUCGCGGGUACUUAUGGACCCAGCCCGUACACGCAACUACGCGGCCCGGCGCUCGUGGGCCUUUGAUUUCCUGUGGUGGGAGUACCUCGACGAGGACUUGUUUGGGCCCAGUGAGGACCAGGACCACAAGGCGCGUGUGGCUGCAAUGACAACGCAGCAGAAAGGGUUGAUAGAGUCAUUUGUGGCGCGGAAGUUGGAGGAGGGUCUGAACAAGGAGAUUAGGACGUGGGAAAAGGAAGAUGCCGUCACCCAUUUGGCAAGAUAUCUUGUCUGA